AUAAUACUUAGCGUUCAAUAAUACCAAUUUAUUCAAAAGGCUGUUCAUUGAAUAGAAAAUGUUCAUUGUAUCAUCAGACAUUCUAUAUCAAUUAUGAGUUUGUUGUUUUCAACGACGCGUUGCAGGUUUCAUGGCAUGAAUAUUAAGAAGCCGGAAGAAUUGUUCCCUCGUUGUGUUCUACUCCCAAGAGAGAGAGAGAGAGAGAGAGAGAGAGAGAGAGAGAGGAAGGCAGAGAGAAAGAGAAUAAGAAAGCAAGAAGAAAAAGGAAAAGAUUUCGUGUCCGUUAACGCUCAAAGAGUUAAUUUAAUUAAGAAGGAAUGCUAUUCCGAAGGAAAACGUUAAAGAAAAAGUGAGUUUAACAUCGUUCCUUAAGACUCCAUUCUAAUUGGUUCACCUAGACUUCACAUCGAUCUUCCCUCAAAGAGAGAGAGAGAGAGAGAGAGAGAGAGAGAGAGAGAAAGAGAGAUAGAUAGAGAUAAAGAGAAAGAGAGAGAGAGAGGGUGGUAUACAGGAAGGACACGAUAGCUCGAUGAAAUGUAUGUCCUUGUUUUUUUCGAAAAAUAAGUCGCUUCUAUCGCUAAAGAACGUUUCGUUCGAGCACGACGCUUGACGUCGGAUCGACGCAUGCGUUUUUCCAACAGCGCUUUUACCCUUCGAGGAAUUAUCUUGGCCGUGAAUCGGCCAGUCUUCGACGAACAUCCUGAGUUCGACCGUGACAUCGGCAGAGAUACAGAUUCUCUCGCGAGUGAUCCUCGUGAUCGGGCUUUAGAUCGAACAUCGAUCGGCAGUGUUGAAGCAUCACAUGGACGUUAAAACAGCAAACUUAUCGACACAUCUAUCGAACGAAAUUCUUCAAUGGGAAAACUCCCGAAGGUUAUCCCUUAACGACUGAGGAUCGACACGAAUAUUAGCACGAAUUGGGAAUAAUUUCAAGGACGAUUCGUUAACGUUUGGCAAAUCUCGAAUCACGAUGUAUUCGAAGAGGACGUCCGAGAAAAAUUCCAUUCGCGUUUGAGCUCCAUAAAAAGAUUUUUGUUUAAUCGAGCGACGAAGCGAGUGGAGCGUGUGCGUGCGUUUCCUUGGCUCAAUAAUCGAGAUGGAUAGAGGAGAGGAAAGAUGGAUGGAUGGAUGGAUAAAUGGAUAAAGAAGGCACAUGUGAUACGAAUUUUCUCAAAUUCUUAUUUUCGAUCAUCCGACCGUUUAAAAAUUUAUGAGAAAAUGAUAUUGGUGUGUAAAAAGAAACGUGAUAGGAUAUUCAACAAUGUGAUCGAAGGAUCUAGAAGGUUACACGUGCUAGAAAAAAAAAUGACUCGGUGUAACCUGUGAAGAGAUAAAAAUAAAGAGAGAGAGAGAGAGAGAGAGAGAGAGAGAGAAAUAGACAAAUAGAGUACAAAAGGGAUGAUGAGAGUGGUGGGAAAAGGGAAGAGUGGGGAUCGGAAGGAAGGAUGCUCGGAGCCAGUUAUGGUGGCGAACGAAGCCGAAUGGUGUUGGUGGGGUCGAAAGGUGGCGCAGUCAUUUAUGGUCGCACCGUGUAAGCUCGCACACCUGCGAUCGGAUAUCGAAAGGAGUAACGAAAGUACGCCGACAUUGUGCUGUCGUUGAACACGUUUGAAUUUAAAUAGGAUUUGAAACGAAGAAAAAGUAUCUUCGAACGUUAAAAGAAAAUGAAGGAAAUAAAUAUAUUGUGAAAUUAAUAUUAAUAUUAAUUAUUCGAUGACAAAUACAUAGGAAGAUGUUUUUUUUUUUUUUUUCUUUCAUCUUCAAGAGGAAUAGGAUACGAUGAGAAAGUGUCGAAGAUCUACGAGGAUAAGGACAUAGGAUUUCGAUAAAAUAAUGAAAGAGAAUAAAAUAAAAAUAAAAUAAUAUAAUAUAAAGAUAGGAGAUUGAAAUUGAAGAAUUACGAGGGAAUUCUUUUGUUUAUGCUGUUAUUAUUAAAAAUAUGUCGUGAAAAGCAAAGGAUACUACAAGAUGAGUUCUUUGCGAAGAACGACGAAUCAGUCGACCAGAGAGGGAGCUACUUCGAGACGGCACGCUUUAUCGGGGGUUAGCACCAAGAGCGUGAGGAAUCUUCUUCACAGUGGUACCGCACCUGGUUCACCUCUUCGUUUGAGAUCCAAGUAUGAGCUAAGGAGCAUCAGCUUCGAGGGUAGCAAAGUCUUACCAUGGACCACCAGAUCCACGACCGAUGCGAUAUCGAGGAGAGGUGUCCUGUCGAGACGAUGCUAUGGAAGCGUCGAGAUGUUGCCACAAAUCGAACAGGACGGCUCCGACAAUGGGAGAAGAUUUCGAGUGGAGAACGGAGAUUCUCCAGGCGAAAAAGAGGAAAUGUUCGGAUCUCCGAAUAUACCGAUAUUGGAAAAUCCCGAGUAUCAAACACGUUGGUACUUUAAAUACUUUCUAGGAAAGCCUUUCCUUUACACCAUAAUCGUAACCAUCUCCCGAAUCGUAAUCAUCCUUGUUAUAGUGCAUCAAAAUUACGUGGCAUCGGAUCAUGAAAGGAAUCCACUCUUUCUCUCAGUGGUGAUGAGCGAGGGUGGCGAUCAAUGCGUAUCGCAUUACAGAGUUAUUUUAUGGAGACGAACGGGCGCUCAAAAGAUAUCUCUGCCAUUUUCGGCAAACAAGACGAUGACCAUCAGGCAAAUCCUGAGACGCUCGAUUUGCAUUUUCUCCAGCAACUUCUUCGGCCUGGAAAAACUCGACAAGGCACCACGCGAAGUUUUGUCUCCUGAGAUACAAAAGGAUUUACUAUUACUGGAAGAACAAGAAGGAUCCGUCAAUUUCAAGUUCGGUGUUAUAUACGCGAAGGAGGGUCAGACAACCGACGACGAGAUGUUAUCGAACGAAAGUGGCAGCCCCGGUUUCGAGAAGUUCCUCGAUAUUCUCGGUGAGAAGAUACGACUCAGAGGUUGGGACAAGUACCGAGGCGGCCUGGAUGUUAAAGGUGACAUGACCGGAAGAGAAAGCGUUUAUACGAUAUAUGCUGGUCACGAAGUGAUGUACCACGUCAGCACAAUGCUUCCUUAUUCGAAGGACAAUCCGCAACAGCUCGAGAGAAAAAGGCAUAUUGGUAAUGACAUCGUCAACAUCAUUUAUACGGAUGAUCCAGCAGCCGUGGAUAGUUUCAAUCCUAAUUGCAUAAGGAGUCAAUUCACUCACGUAUUUGCUGUGGUAUCAGCGUUAGGACUCCUUAAAGGUUGGCGAGUUGCCAUUUAUUGCGACGAAACGGUUCCUCUUUUUGGUCCAAGUCUUCCGUGUCCACCAAUAUUCGACGAUCCUUAUCAUUUGCGAGAAUUCCUUCUAGUCAAACUUAUCAAUGGCGAGAAAGCAACCUUUAACACGCCAACCUUUUCUAGAAAAAGAGAAAGAACUCUGGAUGCUCUAUUGCGUGAUAUGUAUCAGGAACAUGCGCAAGAUGGCAAGAGCAACGUGAGUCUUCAGCGUGAUCUUCUGUUAAACAGCAUGUUGAAUCGUCGUGCAUUUUCUGACGUUGUUGAAGCACCUGGUCGACGACGAGAAGAAACUCGAUCUGUAGAAAUGGUCCGCGUUGGUCAGGCUGUUAAAUUGGAAGCGAUAGUUCGCGGUCUGGCACCAACUUCUCUAGCCACAGUUGGCCCGUUGAAACCAAGACCUUGGGAACCGAGAUGUAUUUAUCCAGAUUUCCCUCACGUCGUAAUUUGCGGUGACGUUUGGUCGGAGAAUAGGAUGAUACUUGCGACGGAAAAUGGAACUUUUCUGGUCGAAGAGGGUCUAUCUCACAGAAUGAUUUUCGAUGAGUCAGUUCAAAUCAAACAACUCGACGUGGUAGAGCAACACGGUAUUCUUCUCUUUCGCGGAAUCGAUAAAGGCAAAGAAAGCGUAUACGUUUUUCGUUUGCGUGAAUUCGAUUACGAUUCGGCUUUGAGUGGAAAAACAUACAAAUUCCCGGAAUUCUUUAACAAUCGUGACGACGAAGACGAGGGAGACGAGCACGACGAAGAAACGGAAGAGAACGGUGAGAACGAGGAUGAUUAUAAGGAUGGCGAGAUCGAGGAAGAAGAUUCCGAGACGAUUUAUCGAGAAAAUUUUAAAUUCAAAUCAUCUUUACGUUCUCGAGCACGGACACACCUUCGACCACCCGCGGUUAGAAGUCGAGCACAUAUUAAGGAUAGAAAAUUGGCUCGUACUCGUGGUUGCCAUCUCUACAGUAUCACCAGGCAAGGUGGCUCGCACUUGCGAAUGUGUGCGGCCGUUGGACGACGUUUGACGGUCCUCCAAUGGAAACAUAAUGCAGCUUGGACAGCUUGGUGCUCUUCCGCAGACACCGACACGAUCGAAGGUUUCUUAUUGCUCAAAGAAUUUACAGCUAGCGAAAGCCCAAUCCUUAUUACGAUGAUAGAGAGCACCGAGAUCGGGAACGAAUGGAUGCUGUGUUGCGGUGCACGCCAUCAUUAUGAACUCUUCACGGCGUCCGGAAGUUCACGAAUAGUUCACGUCGAAACGAACAAACCGCACAUAGUCGCAGCGAUCGAUCUGCGCGAGGAUGAGGAACCAGAACUAUUGCUCUGUUAUAACAAUAUGUGUCACUUUCAAAAGUGCUCGGAAGAGAGUACUGCUCCUACGGACUUUGAUUUCAAAUGGAAUUCAGUGCCAAUUGCGAUAGCUUGUGCUUUUCCUUACGUGAUAGCGUUCACCGCUGACACAAUGGAAAUUCGUUUGAUAAUAAAUGGAAAUCUUGUACAUACAAUCGCCAUGCCGAAUCUUUGUUUGAUAACCUCGAAAAGAGAUAUAUUUUUUGCCACAACCGCACCAGAAUUUCUAUCUGGUAAAUGCGAACGUAUUCGUCUUGAUUCGAAACCUACUGACAAAGAGGAACAAGCAAGUAGUCCACCACCAACAACGCAAUCUUCCUCCUCGUCUCGAUCAAACUCACAAAAUAAUCAUAGCGAUUGGAAACCAAUAAGAAUCUAUAGAAUACCAUUACAAACUCUCUCGCGAAAUAUAACGUCAAAUUGUAGCCAAAGAUGUCCGAGUCCAGUGGAACCAGAAAUUGUUUCUGCCUCAUUGACGAGCGGGGAAAAUAAUUUUUUGAGCGUAGAUUCACCAAGAAUCUUAAGCAGAUCUUGCAAUAGCAGCCCGACACCACCAAGUGUCGCUGAAGAUCUGAUUCCUACCGUGUGUAGAAAAUAGAAAAAAAAUGAGAGAGAGAGAGAGAGAGAGAGAGAGAGAGAGAGAGCGAGAGAGAGAAUGAGAGAAUGAGAGAGAAAUGGAGACAAAGAGACACGUUAACUUUCUCCUAAACUAAUUCAUAAUUGUGUUGCCAUUUUUUUAUUGGAUUCGUACUCCAUAGUGCGGAUGGAUAGUAGGUACCUGACGCUCGUGCCUCUACAGGAUUAAGAUUUAACAGAAGCAAACGCACGAUCCUGUCGUUGCUAUGUUUCGCGAUAUAAAGGCAUUUAGUACGUGUAUGAUCGAUCGUUACUCACGAUCUCUAUUUUCCUCCCCCUUUUGUUUUUUUUUUGUUUUUCUGUCGUCGAAAUUUUUGGAUCGAUCUAAAUUUAUAGAAAGAAAAAUAUUCGGCCUAGAAAUUUCUAUGUCAAUGCUCGAUCGAUAAAUCAAGAUUUCAAGUGUCAUCUAGCGGUGAUUCUCUCGUACUAACUUUGCGAAUAAUUCUCUGACGAUACGAUAGACGACAUCGAUCAAAACGAGUAUGAAAACGAAUGAGAAUUUCUAAUUUGGGGCAUCGAUAUUUUUGACGUACGAUCUAUCUGACGUGUACUCGAUGUCUUUCUUGCCUCCUUGAUACGUAUUCUACAUAGAUAGAUGCAUACCUUAUCUACUAUAUGACAGACAUACAGGAGGAAAGGUCGAUAACAUUGUGGCUCAUCGUAGAGGUUAGGGGUGAGCAAAUGCCAAGAACCGAGGAGUAUGAAAUACGCAAAGGAAUGGUCGUUUUGCCGUAUCUUCCGAGAGCAUAAUAGCUUAUCUAAUUGAUUAACAAUAAAUUUUUUUUUAAUUCUCAACGAGAGACGAUACCAAAGCACAAUCUCGAUUUUUUGAUAAUACGCGGAAAUGGAUAUUGCAUAUGAAGGAUCUUUUUUUUUUCUCAAUUAUAUCUUUUUUUUUUUUUUAUAUUUACAAGUAUGCAUGCUUCUUCUUGUGAUCGCGUAUGCAAGUUACGAAGGAAGAUUUGCGAGCGUGUUCACUCUCCUAAUCGUUUCGAUCGAACCGAUGACACUGUACGCAGCAGCGAGCAUGGUUGCGACAAUGGCGUAGAAUUAAAAAUGAUUUUGUCGAAGUACUCUUUUGUUUCUUCUUCUUCUUCUUUUCUUUUCUUUUUUGUUUUGUUUUGUUCUGUUUUUUUUUUUUUUUUUUUUUUUUUUUUUUUUUUUUUUUUUUUUUUUAAUUCUUUCUUUUGUUCUUCCGUUGUUGAAUAUUGUCGAGCCGAUGGCAAUUUUGUUUGCGAGCCAUUGUUGCAGUAGGUAGAUGAACGAGACGAAUACACGAGGUGUACGGUCAUGAUUAUCGAUUAUUCACGGUAUAACCAGCUUGUUCUGGGGGCUGUGACGCAUUCGCGAUCGAAUUUCACCGAUCGUAGCACAACGCCGCUACAUGCGUGAAGUUCUGCAGACGAUGUAAUUCUGCAUACUCUUCCUUCCUUCCUUCCUUCCUUCGACGAAAAAGAGAGAGCGAGAGAGAGAGAGAGAGAGAGAGAGAGAGAGAGAGGCAGAAUUUAACGUGUGUGUAUGUGUGUGUGUAUAUACGAAAGCAUGAAAUAAAGUGUACCUUAUCGUUGCAAUGUUUGCACCAAAAACUUA